CGGCCCCUCCCCCUCAUGUGACCGCGGCGCUGGGGCUCAGCAUGGCGGAGGCGGCGGCGGCGGCGGCUCCUGCUGCGCCCGGGAUCCGGAGCCCCCAGCGCUGAGCCGAGCCCGGCCGGGCCUCCCCGUCCCCGACAUGGCCGAGCCGGCAGGCGGGGGAGCCUGCUCCCUGCCCCGGGAGAUCCGCGAGCAGCUGGCCGAGCUGGAGCUGGAGCUCUCCGAAGGGGACAUCACACAGAAGGGGUAUGAGAAGAAAAGGGCAAAGCUGCUGGCUCCAUACAUCCCACAGACACAUGGGGUUGACCCAGCAUUACAAAAGGAACCCAGAAAUCAGACACCUGCUCCAGCAGCAACUUCAGCACCAUCCUCAUCCAAGUAUCACCGAGCUCGAUCUGGAGGAGCCAGAGAUGAACGCUAUCGGUCUGAUAUUCACACAGAGGCAGUUCAAGCAGCACUGGCAAAGCAUAAAGAACAGAAGAUGGCCCUGCCCAUGCCAACUAAAAGACGGUCCACAUUUGUACAAUCGCCAGCUGAUGCCUGCACGCCCCCAGACACGUCUUCUGCGUCCGAGGAUGAGGGGUCGCUAAGGCGCCAGGCUGCUCUUUCUGCUGCAUUGCAUCAGAGCUUACAGAAUGCUGAGUCCUGGAUCAACCGAUCUAUUCAGGGCUCAUCCACAUCUUCAUCAGCAUCUUCUACACUAUCCCAUGGAGAAGGCAAAGGGACCAGUGGGACACUAGCUGAUGUAUUUGCCAAUACUCGAAUAGAGAAUUUCUCCGUUCCCCCUGAUGUCACUGCAACUACCUCCUCAUCCUCUUCCUCAGCACGCCCAGCAACUAUUGACCUUCCUCCAUCAGAAAUCGUGAAAGGCACACACAAGGGAUCCAAUCGAUCAAGUCUCAUGGACACUGCUGAUGGUGUCCCUGUAAGUAGCAGAGUCUCCACAAAAAUUCAACAGCUGCUCAACACCCUGAAACGACCAAAAAGGCCACCCCUGAAGGAAUUUUUUGUGGAUGAUUUUGAAGAAAUUGUGGAAGUCCCGCAGCCUGACCCAAACCAGCCCAAACCAGAGGGGCGCCACAUGACACCUGUGAAGGGAGAGCCGCUGGGAGUCAUUUGUAAUUGGCCUCCUGCCUUAGAAGCAGCACUGCAGCGCUGGGGGACCACACAGGCCAAAUGCCCCUGUCUGACCGCACUGGAUGUUACAGGAAAACCAGUCUAUACCCUGACCUAUGGUAAAUUGUGGAGCAGAAGCCUUAAGCUGGCCUACACGCUGCUUAAUAAACUGGGGACUAAAAAUGAACCCGUGUUAAAGCCUGGAGACAGGGUAGCCCUUGUUUACCCCAACAAUGACCCGGUCAUGUUCAUGGUGGCGUUUUAUGGCUGUCUGCUAGCAGAAGUGAUCCCAGUGCCUAUAGAGGUACCUCUUACCAGAAAGGAUGCUGGGGGUCAGCAGAUUGGCUUCCUCUUGGGGAGCUGUGGCAUCACUUUGGCUCUCACCACUGAGGUUUGUCUAAAGGGGCUGCCAAAAACCCAGAAUGGGGAGAUUGUGCAGUUUAAAGGUUGGCCCAGACUCAAAUGGGUUGUGACAGACUCAAAGUAUCUCUCCAAGUCACCAAAGGACUGGCAGCCCAACAUCUCAACUGCAGGAACUGAGCCAGCAUAUAUUGAGUACAAGACUAGUAAGGAAGGCAGCGUGAUGGGGGUGACAGUGUCUCGUAUUGCCAUGCUGUCUCAUUGUCAGGCUCUGUCUCAGGCUUGCAACUACUCUGAAGGUGAAACCAUAGUGAAUGUUCUGGAUUUCAAGAAGGAUGCAGGGCUCUGGCAUGGCAUGUUAACGAAUGUAAUGAACAAGCUGCACACCCUCAGCGUGCCCUACUCCGUGAUGAAAACCUGCCCACUCUCCUGGGUGCAGAGAAUUCAUACCCACAAAGCGAAGGUGGCUUUAGUGAAGUGUCGAGACCUGCACUGGGCCAUGAUGGCUCAUCGCGACCAAAGAGAUGUCAGCCUGAGUUCUCUGCGGAUGCUGAUUGUAACUGAUGGUGCUAAUCCCUGGUCUGUUUCCUCAUGCGAUGCUUUCCUGAGCUUGUUUCAGAGCCAUGGGCUUAAACCUGAGGCAAUUUGUCCAUGUGCCACAUCUCCAGAAGCAAUGACUGUAGCAAUACGGAGGCCUGGUGUCCCUGGGGCACCCUUGCCCGGAAGAGCCAUCUUGUCCAUGAAUGGGCUAAGUUACGGUGUCAUUCGUGUGAACACUGAAGACAAAAACUCUGCUCUCACGGUACAGGAUGUUGGCCAUGUGAUGCCGGGAGGAAUGAUGUGCAUCGUGAAACCCGAUGGAUCUCCUCAGCUCUGUAAAACAGAUGAGAUCGGUGAAAUCUGUGUUAGCUCCAAAACAGGAGGGAUGAUGUAUUAUGGGCUGGCUGGGGUGACAAAGAAUACAUUUGAGGUUAUUCCUGUCAACUCGGCUGGUUCUCCAGUGGGCGACCUGCCAUUCGUCCGCUCAGGCUUGCUGGGGUUUGUUGGACCUGGUAGCUUGGUGUUUGUGGUUGGAAAAAUGGAUGGCUUGCUGACAGUUAGUGGGCGCAGACACAAUGCUGAUGACAUCGUUGCAACCGGAUUAGCAGUUGAAUCAAUAAAGACAGUCUACAGAGGAAGGAUUGCUGUGUUUUCAGUCUCUGUAUUUUACGAUGAGAGGAUCGUGGUGGUGGCAGAGCAGCGGCCAGAUGCUUCUGAAGAGGACAGUUUUCAGUGGAUGAGCCGAGUGCUGCAGGCAAUUGACAGCAUUCACCAAGUGGGCGUGUAUUGUCUUGCUCUGGUACCAGCCAACACUUUGCCAAAAACUCCUCUCGGAGGGAUCCAUAUCUCUCAAACCAAACAGCACUUUUUGGAGGGCUCGCUGCACCCGUGUAACAUCCUCAUGUGCCCGCACACAUGUGUGACCAACUUGCCAAAACCCAGGCAGAAACAACCAGGUGUUGGUCCUGCCUCUGUGAUGGUGGGGAACCUGGUUGCUGGGAAGCGCAUUGCUCAGGCUGCUGGGAGAGACCUUGGACAAAUAGAAGACAACGAUUUGGUUAGAAAGCACCAGUUCCUGACAGAGGUGUUACAAUGGAGAGCUCAAGCAACCCCUGAUCACAUGCUCUUCCUUCUGCUAAAUGCCAAGGGAACGCCUGUGUGCACAGCCACAUGCCUCCAGCUGCACAAGAGAGCAGAGAGAAUCGCAUCAGUUCUGUAUGACAAGGGACAUCUGAAUGCAGGAGACAAUGUGGUGCUACUCUAUCCUCCUGGCAUUGAACUAAUCGCUGCGUUCUAUGGCUGUUUGUAUGCUGGCUGCAUUCCUGUGACUGUUCGACCGCCUCAUGCUCAGAACCUCACUGCGACUCUGCCCACUGUGCGAAUGAUCGUAGAUGUCAGCAAAGCUGCCUGCAUUCUCACAACUCAGACCUUAAUGAGACUACUGAAAUCCAGAGAGGCAGCUGCUGCUGUGGAUGUGAAAACCUGGCCAACCAUCAUUGACACAGAUGACUUGCCCAGGAAGCGGCUACCUCAGCUCUAUAAACCACCCACACCAGAGAUGUUGGCAUACCUAGAUUUUAGUGUGUCCACAACAGGCAUGCUUACGGGAGUGAAGAUGUCCCACGCAGCAGUGAAUGCUCUUUGCAGGGCGAUAAAGCUCCAGUGUGAGCUCUACUCCUCUCGGCAGGUUGCCAUUUGUCUUGAUCCAUACUGCGGACUUGGCUUUACGCUCUGGUGCCUUUGCAGCGUGUAUUCUGGUCACCAGUCCAUCUUAAUUCCUCCUAUGGAGUUGGAAUCCAAUCUUUUCCUCUGGCUUUCCACUGUCAGUCAGUACAAAAUAAGGGACACUUUCUGUUCCUAUUCAGUCAUGGAGUUGUGCACAAAGGGACUUGGAAAUCAGGUCGAAAUGUUAAAGGCAAGAGGAAUUAAUCUGUCCUGUGUCCGGACCUGUGUGGUUGUUGCAGAAGAGCGGCCACGAAUUUCUCUCACUCAGUCCUUCUCCAAGCUUUUCAAAGACAUUGGCCUGUCAUCUCGUGCUGUGAGCACCACCUUUGGGUCAAGAGUCAACGUAGCUAUCUGUUUACAGGGAACAUCUGGGCCUGACCCUACCACAGUGUAUGUAGAUCUGAAAUCCUUAAGACAUGACAGAGUGCGUUUGGUAGAGAGGGGAGCUCCACAGAGCCUGCUGCUUUCAGAAUCUGGGAAGGUAAUUUCACAUCCCCUUCCUAAUGGCUUGGCACACAGAGCAUGUGAUCAAGUGUGUUUGUCCUUCAGAAAUGUUUUAUAUGUGAACUUCCUCUCGCUACGUACCCCUCGCACCAGCUCGCGCCCUGCAUCGCCUCUCGCGUACGUACCCAUCUACCAGCCCGUCUCGCCCUGCAUCGCCUCUCGCGUACGUACCCCUCGUACCAGCCCGUCUCGUCCUGCAUCGCCUCUCGCGUACGUACCCCUCACACCAGCCGUCUCGCCUGGCAUCGCCCUCUCGCCUCGUUUCGCCCUGCAUCGCCUCUCGCGUACGUACUCCUCGCACCAGCUCGUGACGCCCUGCAUCACCUCUCGCGUACGAACCCCUCGCACCAGCUCAUUUUGCCCUGCAUCGCCUCUCGCGUACAUACCCCUCGCACCACCCCGUCUCGCCCUGCAUCGCCUCUCGCCUCCUGUCGCCCUGUAUCGCCACUCGCGUAUGUACCCCUCGCACCAGCCCUUCUCGCUCUGCAUCGCCUCUCGCGUACGUACCCCUAGCACCAGCUCCUGUCGCCCUGCAUCGCCUCUCGCGUACGUACCCCUCGCACCAGCUCGUUUCGCCCUGCAUAGCCUCUCGCCCCGUCUCGCCCUGCAUCGCCUCACGCGUACGUACGCCUCGCACCAGCUCCUGUCGCCCUGCAUCGCCUCACGCCCUCUCGCGUACGUACCUCUCACACCAGCCCUUCUCGCCCUGCAUCGCCUCUCGCGUACGUACCCCUCGCACCAGCCCGUCUUGCCCUGCAUCGCCUCUCGCCUCCUGUCGCCCUGCAUCGCCUCACGCGUACGUACCCCUCGCACCAGCCCGUCGCGCCCUGCAUUGCCUCUCGCGUACGAACCCCUCGCACCAGCUCAUUUUGCCCUGCAUCGCCUCUCGCGUACGUACCCCUCGCACCACCCCAUCUCGCCCUGCAUCGCCUCUCGCCUCCUGUCGCCCUGCAUCGCCUCACGCCUACGUACCGCUCGCACCAGCCCGUCUCGCCCUGCAUCGCCUGACGCGUACGUACCCCUCGCACCAGCCCGCGACGCUCUGCAUCGCCUCACGCGUACGUACCCCUCGCACCAACCCAUCUCGCCCUGCAUUGCCUCACGCCCCGUGUCGCCCUGCAUCGCCUCACGUGUACGUACCCCUCGCCCCAGCCCGUCUCGCCCUGCAUCGCCUCCCACGUACGUACCCCUCGCACCAGCCCGUCUCGCCCUGCAUCGCUUCACGCCUUUUGACGCCCUGCAUCGCCUCUCACGUAUGUACUCCUCGCACCAGCGUGUGACGCCCUGCAUCACCUAUGGCGUACGUACUCCUCGCGCCAGCAUGUGA